CGUUCCCCCCUUGGCCCCCUCCCCGCUCACUCACCCAGCCGCUCCCUCGGCUCGGCAGCGAGCGGCAGAGGAAACCGGCAAACCGCGGUGCGCGGCACGGCGCGCGUCCUGCACUCCAGCUCCGCGCCAUAACUGCGAUCCCCUCCUCCUCGGCCUCCCCCUCCUCACCGGCAAUUAAUGCCGCCAACUACCAGAUCCACCCCUCCGGAAACCUAAAACAAAAUACCCCUCUUCCCGUUUUGCCCCUCCUCGGCUCUUCUCCCACCCCAGCCGCGCCCCCCCGCACGCCAUGCCAUUCCGCCCCACGGUCUCGCCGCCGCCACCGCCGCCGCCGUCAUGGCGUCGUUCCUCGACUCGUUCUCCUCGCUCGGCGUCGGGUACGCGGUCGCCAUCGCGCUCGGCUUCCUCGUCCUCCUCGCGUCGCUGCUCCUCGCCUUCUACUUCUGCUCCCGCCGCGGCGGGGCCGGGGUCGUCCGCCGCGGCGGCGGCCAGGGGGUCCACUCCGCGCGCCACGCCGUGUCCUCCGCGUCCAGCUCCGGGCACAUCUCCAUCACCGUCCCGCGGGUCAUCUUCGUCGCGGACGACUCCGACUCCCCGGGCUCCUCGUCCCGCGGCGGCGCCGGGGGCGGCGCGGCGUCGUCGCCCGUCGGGCUCGACCCCGCGGUGAUCGCCUCGUACCCCAAGGUGCCCUUCUCUAGGGCGGCGACGGGGGCGGACGCCGAGGCCGCGUGCUCGAUCUGCCUCUGCGAGUACAAGGAAGGGGAGAUGCAGCGCAUGAUGCCCGAGUGCAGGCACAGGUUCCACCUCAUGUGCCUGGACGCGUGGCUGCGGCGGAGCGCGUCGUGCCCGGUCUGCCGGUCCUCGCCCAUCCCCACUCCAGUCUCCACUCCGCUCGCCACCCCGCUGUCGGAGCUCGUCCCGCUAUCACAGUACGCCGCCGACCGCCGGCGCCACAGGUGACGGAAUUGGGUGCAUCAUGUCUUCUCUUCUAUAUUCGUUUUUUGGCACCAUUUUCUACUGGUUAUCAACGAUGGGAUGGUGUAUCCAUUGUUUUAUUGUUCAGAUGAGGUUUGGCUGAUCCAUGGCAAUAUUAGUAUAUUUAGCCAUUUAGGUGAGAUUGUGGACUAGGACAGCCUUGACUUUGAGGAAGUUUUGCUUAGUAGCAGUAGAUCGUUGCACUGAAGCAGACAUGCAGUGUAUAUACAUUGUUUUUUCCAUUCGGAUAUAGUAGCUUUUACCAAGUAAGGUUACUUGCCCUACAGUUGUAUGUGCAAGAUCAAUAUCUGAAUUGCUUCA